AUGAGUAGUACUAAGCCCGCUGCCGAGGUUAAAGAAGGUUUACCUUUUAAUACCCUAAGAUUUUUACCUAAAAGUGGACAAGAGAAAAAGGGUUCCGCUAUCAUAGUUUUGCAAGAAUGGUGGGGCAUCAAUGAACAAAUAAAGAUUCACGCUCAAAAGAUUGCCGAUAAUACAAAUACUUUAGCCGUUGUUCCUGAUCUUUAUAAAGGUAAACUUGGCUUAACUCAAGAGGAAGCAAGUCAUUUGAUGUCCAAUUUGGAUUGGAAGGAAUCGUUAGUAGAAUUAGAGGUUCUUGUUGAUUCAUUGAGAAAAGAAAAUCGAGAAAAAAUUGGUUCCAUUGGAUUUUGCAUGGGAGGUGAAUUUCAUUAA